GCGCAGGCGCAGAAUGCAGGAAGGAAGAGUGGGCGGAAGUUUUGAUCCAGUAGAUACCUGGUGAUGAAGGGGGAAGGUUGAUAAGCAGGCUUUGGCUUCGAUCCUUCCCAUUGAAGGAAGGAGCCUGCAGAAAAGGAGGGUUGUAGUCGAAGAAGGGGGAGUUCAAACCUUUGGGGUGCUUAGGAAGCAGCAGAAGUUACUUUUUGUCGAUUUGGGGAGGGGGAGAAUUGAGAGGAGUGCCUCUCAGAGGAAGGAAAGGCAACUGAAGGAAAGGGGGCCUGAUCAGUUGGGCCUUCCCAGCCACUACUUUGAGAGAAGUCUCUUAGGAAGCAGUAGCAAAAGUUGCUGUUGUUGUUUAUUGUUGUUAUUAUUAUUAUUAUUCUGAGGAAUGCCUCAGGUAGGGCCUUCCCAGUUAGUACUUUGAGGGAAGUCUAUUAGGAAGAAGUAGCGAAAGUUGCUGUUGUUAUUGUUUAUUAUUAUUAUUAUUAUCCUGCGAAAUGCCUCAGGUAGGGCCUUCCCAGUUAGUACUUUGAGAGAAGGAGGUAAUUAAAUAUCUUAGGAAGCAGUAACAAAAGUCACUGUUGUUUACUGUUUAUUAUUACUCUGAGGAAAGCCUCUCAAAGGAAUGAAAGGCAACCAAAAGAAGGAAAGGGGGCUUGAUCUGUACGGCCUUCCUAGCCAGUACUUUGAGAGAAGGUAUUAAGUCUCUUAGGAAGUAGUAGCAAAAAUCACUGAUGUUGUUUAUUGUUUAUUAUUAUUUUUAGGAAAAAGAAAGGCAACUGAAGCGAGAAAAGGCAUUGUUAUCAGACUCUUAGGAAGCAGUAGCCAAAGUCACUGUUGUUUAUUGUUUAUUACUAUUCUUAGGAAGAGGAAAGACAACCGAAGUGACAAAAGGGGUCCUUAUCAGAUUCUUAGGAAGCACUAUUUAUUGUUUAUUAUUGUUCUGAGGAAAGCCUCUCAGAGGAAGGAAAGGCAAAUGAAUGGGGGAAACGAAGUUGUGUCACUAGGGCCUUUCCAUCCAGUACUUUGAGAGAAGGGAGCAAGUUAGUUUCUUAGGAAGUAGUACCAAAGUUGCUGUUGUUGUUUACAGUUUAUUAUUAUUAUUCUGAGGACAGCCUCUCAGAGGAAGAAAAGACAACCCAAGGAGGGGGGGAGGGGGGAGAGAGGGUUUGUAGGACCUUCCCAGUCAGUACUUUGAGGGAAGGGAGUAAUUAGGUCUCUUAUGAAGCAGUAGCAAAAGUCAUUGAUUAUUAUUAUUAUUAUUCUGAGGGAAGUCUCUCAGAGGAAGGAAAGGCAACCGGAGGGUGGAAAUAGAGUUAUAUCAGUAGGGCCUUCCCAGUUAGUAUUUUUAUUAUUAUUCUGAGGAGAACCUCUCAGAGGAGGGAAAGACCACUGCAGGGAGGGAAAGGAGCCUUAUCAGUAGGACCAUCCCAACUAGUAUUUUGAGAGAAGAGGUAAUUAAGUCUCUUAGGAAGCAGUAGCAGAAGUCACUGUUCUUUACUGUUAUUAUUCUGAGGGAAACCUCUCAGAGGAAGGAGAGGUAGCUGAAGAAGGGACAAAGCACAUUUUGUUCUAGUUUUCCAGCCAGUUCCUGGAGAGAAGAGAAGGGGGUACCUCAAAGGGGCCUGUGGGUGCUGUGGCACAUGGGAAAGCAAGGUCAGGUAGGUGGCCUGGCUGUGGCCCUGCAAAAGGCACACCGGGGCCUCCUCCGGCUAUUGUUGCUGCGCCCCGCGAAGGGCCCAGCCAAGCCUCUGGCCUCAGAAGUGCUGACCCGCCACCUGCUGCAGAGAGGGCUUCCCCCUUGGACCUCCUUCUGUGUCAAGUACAGCACUGUGCACAAUGACCAGUUUGGCCUCUCCCACUUCAACUGGGAGGUGAAGGGCACCAACUACCACAUCUUGCGUACCGGCUGUUUCCCCUUCAUCAAGUACCACUGCUCCCGGGCCCCACGUCAGGACCUGGCCGCCCAGGAUCGCUUCUUCACUGCACUCAAGUUGAUCAACCUGGGCAUCCCAACUUUAAUGUAUGGAAUUGGCUCCUGGUUCCUUGCCAGAGUCACAGAGACGGUCCACACGGAGCAUGGCCCAGUCACAAUUUACUUCCUCAACAAAGAAGACGAAGGGGCCAUGUACUAAACAGAGAGAGGCAGAGAGAUCGUACUAUCAUGGCUUAUUACAGCUUGGAUUUUGCCACUUAGAAGUCCAGGUAUCUGGAUGGACUGAUGUUUGUCAUCAGCUCUUAGAAAAACAUUUCUCCAUUCUUCCUUUGGUACCAUUUUGGUUUUCUUUGGGUCUGGCAAUGACAUAGAAGACACAAUGGAGAAAGGACCCAACCUGGGAAAUCACUUGACUCUACUCCAAUCUCCAGAAGUGUGUUCUAGCUCUUAAGGCUGAAAAUAUAUAUAAUGUUGAAAGUGUUUCUCCUUAUCUACUGAUUAUGUGUGUAGUUUGUUCUCACAAAUGAUAUUCCUAGCUAAUUUCUCUCAUAGAAUUUGCAUGUUUCAAAUACAUGUGAUUGUUUUAAGGCUAAUAAAUGGAGUUUCAGAGAGUAUGAAUACAUUUGUUUGCUGUGACUUUAACAUUUUGGCAAAAAAAAUUCUCAUUUGCUGCAUCGAAAUUACUGUUACUCAUUUUUAAAGAGCGAGGCUAUGACAAAAGUGUAUGUAAAUGUAUCUUUUAAGAAUACAUUUGUUUUGAAUGUUGAAUGCCUCCAAUGCAGUAUCCAGAGAAUAUACACGCUUUGUUUAAAAGCAGCUAUAAACCAACCUGUAAUCAAGGAAGGAAAGAAGCAACUUGGUGUCUUUGGUGCUAAGGAAUAUUUCUAACACAAGUUAAAUAAAUAGUUUAGACAGUGGA